UCGCCGUCAUUAAUCCGCAUUUUUUUUCUAGGUUUUAGCGGACGAGCCUAAGCUGAAGAGCCUAACUAGUUCGCGUCAUCUUGCUUCCGUUCGAUUCGUGAGCUCUCUUGGUCAUGGGAUCCGGUGAUGCAUUCCCCCAUGAUGGGGCGGCGAUUAAGCCCUCUGUCGAGUCGUCGGCGAAGGGCUCGGAUCUCGAAGCACUGACGUCCACCGUCACAAGCAGCGGAAGAAAGAAUGGUGGAUCAAAAGACAUUGGUUAUUCAGUUCUGAAUUCAAUUAAUAAAUCUACGUCGCAGAUUAAGAAGCCUAAUCACAGGAAAAUUGUUUCACCAUUGAAUUGGUUUCCACGAAAAAGGGCAGAUUCAUUCCUGAAGAGAAAAAUAAAGCAUCUACAGGAGAUUGCAGGAAUGAAUCUUUCUCUGGAUGAAACUCUGGGAAAUGCGAAUCCUCAUUAUACUAGGAUUACAAGGGAAAAGAUUGCAGCUCGAGAAGCAGCCCAAAAAGCCAUGGAAGCUCGGAAAGCUGCAUUGGUCGAAGCAUCCUGGUGUAGAAUACUUGGAGCAGCCAGGAUUAAUAGUAAAGAAGCAGAAGCGAGAUUACAGAAAGCAGAGAAAUGCGCAGAAGAAGCCUUCGAGGCUGCCAGAUCGCUGGGAGUAAUGAUGUAUGACAGGCCUGACUCCCAAAGGAGGCCAUACGAAAUAGAAACAUCAUUAGGUAUUGGGGGAAAAUCCACCCACAAGGUCACUGCUGCUUUUGAAACUGCCUUUGAUGUAGAUAAAGAGGUUACUGCAGCAGUAAAAAGAGCAUUUGUGAUGCUUGCAAAUUGUUCCUCUUCUUCAAGUAAAGAAGAAUUUAGGAAUUUGCUGUGUAAAAUCAGUCAAAAUCCUGAUAUUAACCGUUCAACUGAAGGUCUAUUAGAUACAUCUUCUGAGCUUGAAAGUCAUUCUGUAGCAGAGAAUGUGCAAGAGUCACAUGGCAGUGAUGAUGCCAACGAUAAGAAGGCCACCAACCCUUCAACUGAAGGUCUACCAGAUGCAUCUUCUGAGCUUGAAAGUCAUCCUGUAGCAGAGAAUGAGCAAGAGUCACAUGGCAGUGAUGAUGCUAACAAUAAGAAGACCACCAGGAUGAAACAAACAAAACAUAAUACCAGUUUGCUUUCAACUAGUGAUGGCAGCAGCAGCAGUUCUAUGUCACCAACAAAGCUCACAAAUAACAUGUUUGACAGGCUCAAAUGCUUACAUGAAGAUGAACUUUCUUCCCUGGCUGUUAUAGUUGCAACUUGUGGACUAAACGCUGCUCUUCGUGAAAUGAAAAGAACAAAAAACGAUGAUGUUGAAUCAGUUACCACCGAAGUACCCGGUCUAGACAAGUUUCUGGUAAAGCACAUCUCAAAACUUGAAAAGGAAGUUCAAGAGGCAAGGAAAAGUAAUGCUGCACUAGAGGAUAACAGAAAGUUUGGAACAUUGGAAAAGCAAGGUGCAGCAAUUGAGAACCUUGAACCGGUUAUCUCUGAGGUGCCCAGUCUAGACAAGUUCUUGGUGAAGCACGUCUCAAAAUUAGAACAAGAAGUUCAUGAAGCAAAGAAAAAUAGUGCUUCGCUAGAGGAUCAAAGAAUGUUGGGAACACUGGUGAAUGAAGAUGUCAAAAGGAAGUUAUUCAAUCAUGAACCAGUGAUCACUGAAGUACCCAGUCUAGACAAAUUUCUGGUGAAGCACGUCUCAAAACUAGAAAGAGAAAUUCAAGAAGCAAAGAAAAAUAAUGCUGUGCUAAAGGAUCAUAGAAUUUUAGGCAAAUUGGAGAAUGAAGAUGUUGAAAGGAAGUUAUCUGAAAUACAUGAAGAGAAGAGCAUGGAAUCAAACCUCAAUAGUGAAAUCCAAACCGAAAUCAUGAGAACUGAACCUAUCAGUGUUGCACCACCAUGUGACAACAUCCUGACUCAAGGAGAGGAAUGCAACAAAGAGAACAAAAAGCAGAUUCCUAUCAAGCAUUUGCACAAGACAGAUAAAUGCAUGUCUCGAGAUGAGCGAGCUAAGUUGGAGGUUUUGAAGGCCUUUUCUAAAGGUUAUGAUGACACCCUCGGGACAAUAGGACAUGACAAGAUUCUGAGCAAACCAAUGCAUUGGUUGGCAAUGGAGAAAAUACAAAAUAUGGAACCAAAGAGGCAUGGCACUGUGCCAAAAGGCCCUGUUAAACAUGGAAACAACAUUACCGUCACAAAUAGUUUAGAUAAGAUCUUGCUAAAGCAUGUGUCUCAACUUGAGAAGGAGAAACAGGCAUGGAAAGCCACUGAAGUUGUAAGAAAAGGUAACAAAACCAAACAGCAGUCUGAAGAAUUGCCCGGUUUAGAUGAGAUUAUGGUGAAACGUCAAUCAAAGCUGGAGAAAGCCAAGCAAUCUGCAACUCAAGAGUCAGCAGAUUAUGUCAAACAUGAAACUCGUAGAGAAGCAAGGGAGAAAGAGUUGGAAGCAGCAUGGGGCGGCUUGAGCUUGGGAAACUCCAUGCGGUCCCAUCUAUCGCGGAUCGAACAAGAAAAGGCUGCUUGGAGGAAGGCUGAGGAAGAAGGGGGUACACUAGAAAUGGAGCUGUAAGGGAAGAAAACUCGCAUGCCAAUUUCACCGUACAUUCUUUUGCUGGAGUAUAUUUUAGUAAUGUUUCACUUAGUUGAAAUCCAUCAAUUCUUCUGAUGGUUUACCUAACCUUCUAUUAAACAAUAGUGCAAACCUCAUUCUGAUGGCUUCCAGCAGAAGAAUCUGAUGAAGUAUCUUUUUUAGGUAUCAAAUGACAUCAAUUGUAGACGAUCAGAUCUCAUUCUGAUAAACAAUAGUCGAAACCUUUCUACAGCAAGUCAUGAUACAAACUGUC